AUGACGGUCAAUAAUACUGCGAAUAAGUUCACUGUCGUUGGUUGUGAUACAAGGGGUUUUGUAUCUGGGAAACGGGCAAACAGGAAUUACACCACAGGGUGCAGUUCCCUUUGUGCCAGCGAGGAGGAUCUGGUGAACGGCUCUUGUUCUGGUGUCGGCUGUUGCCAGACGUCUAUCCCCAAAAAUGUCUGGAGAGUUCAGAUGAGCUUGGGGAGCUUUCAUCAAUACAAGAACUAUGAUAAUCGCAGAAGUACGUGGGUCUUCAAUUCUUGCAGCUAUGCAUUUGUUGUUGAGGAAACAUCUUUCAGUUUUUCUCCGAGCAAUCUUUCCCUCCUGAGUGAUGUAACGAGGCUUCCUAUGGUGCUUGACUGGGCAAUUGGGAAUGGAACAUGUGAGGAUGCUAAAAAGAACCUCUCCAGUUAUGCAUGUAAAAGCGAAAACUCAGAGUGUCUCAAACCCAACAAUGGUGAUGGAUAUCGCUGCAAUUGCCUGAAAGGUUAUCGAGGAAAUCCAUACCUCCUUGAUGGUUGUCAAGAUAUUGAUGAAUGUCAAGAUCCAAGUCUCAACGAUUGUGAAAAGGACCGCUGUGUAAAUACAGUAGGAAAUUUUCAGUGUGUCUGCCCGAAAGGUUACCAAGGCGAAGGGAAAACAGGUGGACGAGGUUGUGUUCGCAUUCGUGGUGAAUCAAUUACCUGGAAACUUGUUGCAGGUCUGAAACUAUCAGCAAAACACUCAUGGGCACAAAAUGAAUCCAACACAGAAGAGAUGGAAUCCCUUCUUUCUGUGGAACUUAAUACCUUUUCCAGUGUUGACGGCCAUAGCAAUGGUAUUGUGUAUGAUAGCAUGAGGAAUGAUAUAAUUCUACCAAUGGGUGGUGGAAGGUGA